UUAAACGUUGAACACCUUACACAUCACCCCUCAAGUUUUCUUUUGAGGCCUAGUUCUGGGAAUCCGCCUACUGAAAGUUGGAUAAACAUUUGUUAUGGACAAGAUGUUGUAUCAGCAUUCCACUGUUAAUAGGCUCUCGUUAUUAGAGUCUCACCGAGAUGAAGACAUGAUCUUAACAAAAUCCCUUCCGUAUCUGCCAUGGUGGAUCUUGAUCAGGAGCAACCUGCAACCACCAAAAUUAACAUGUCUUCUAAAAAGGAGCUCAUCUCCACAGCCAUGAAGAGAACCAGCGAGUGGAUUUUCUCUCAGGAGAUUCCCAGUGAUGUUACCGUUCAAGUUGGGGGAGCUUCUUUUUCACUUCAUAAGUUUCCAUUAGUAUCCAAGUGUGGAUACAUAAGGAAAGUUGUAUCAGAAUCCAAUGAUGCUGAUCUUUCAGUCAUAGAAAUUCCUGAUGUACCGGGUGGAGCAGAAUCAUUUGAACUUGCUGCUAAAUUCUGUUACGGGAUAUAUUUUGAGAUAAGCACCGAAAACAUCGCCGUGCUACGAUGUGUGGCGGAGUAUCUUGAGAUGACUGAGGACUAUGCAGUUGGAAAUCUUGUAGGAAGAACUGAGGCCUACUUGAAUGAAGUGGCACUUAAGAACCUAGCAGGAGCAGUUUCUGUGUUACAUGCCUCUGAGAACCUCCUCCCCAUUGCAGAGGAAGUUAAAUUGGUCGGCCGGUGUGUCGAUGCCAUAGCAUAUUUAGCUUGCAAAGAAAGUGGAAAUGAUAUUGCAGCGUCUUCAGCAAUCUCUAACUCGAAAACUAUCGUUGAUUGGUGGGCUGAGGAUUUAGCUGUUCUUCGAAUCGACAUAUUCCAACGGGUGUUGAUUGCAAUGAUAGCAAGAGGGUUUAAACAAUAUGUUCUUGUUCCUGUGCUUAUGCUCUAUGCUCAGAAAUCUCUUAGAGGUUUGGAAAUAUUCGGGAAGGGGAGGAAGAGAAUCGAACCACGACAAGAACACGAGAAGAGGGUUGUCUUGGAAACCAUAGUGAGCCUUCUGCCAAGGGAGAAAAAUGCAAUAUCAGUAAGCUUUCUAUCGGUGCUGCUUCGAGCAGCAAUAUAUCUCGAAACAACUGUUGCUUGUCGACUCGAUUUAGAGAAAAGGAUGGCCUUGCAAUUAGGACAGGCUGUCCUGGAUGAUCUCUUGAUUCCUGCUUAUUCCUUUACUGGGGAUACAUUGUUUGAUGUGGAAACAGUACAGCGAAUCUUGAUGAAUUACCUUGAAUAUGAAACUGAAGGUUGUCAUUUUGGGUACAAAGAAGAAGAAGACUGUAUUUCUCUUCCAGCAAGUACUAACACGGAAAGGGUGGGGAAGCUAAUGGAGAGUUACCUAGCCGAAAUUGCAUCCGAUCAUAAUCUAGCUGUCUCAAAAUUCAUCGGUCUCACUGAACUCAUUCCCGAACAAUCGAGGAUAACAGAGGAUGGUAUGUAUAGAGCCAUAGAUAUCUACCUUAAGGCUCAUCCCACCAUAACUGACAUGGAGAGGAAGAAAGUUUGCAGCAUAAUGGAUUGCCAGAAACUCUCUCGGGAGGCCUGCGCUCACGCCUCACAAAAUGAUCGUCUUCCGGUCCAGACAGUAGUUCAAGUUCUUUACUAUGAACAACAACGCCUUCGGGAUGUCAUGAAUGGAAGCAUUUCAAGUGGAAACUCACCUUCCAUUUCUUCCAGGGUGAUUUUAUACCCUACAGCAGAUAUCCACCACCCGGUGUCAGAUGAACUUUCCAGCUUGAAAAGAGAGAACCAGGAAUUGAAACUAGAGCUAGCAAAAAUGAAAAUGAGAUUGAAAGAAAUAGAAAGAUCAUUUGUUAAACCAGCAGUAAGCAGUCCAAUGGGAAAUGUUCUGCCAUCAUCUGAUAAGCCACCUUUGCCUAGAAAAUCAUUCAUGGAUUCAAUUUCUAAGAAACUUGGACGGCUUUAUCCUUUUCCACCUUCCGGUGCCAGACGUCGAACUAGACCAAGCAAAGAUAGGAGGCACACCAUAUCUUGACACAUUAAUUUAUUUGCCACUCACUGUAAGUACUUUUCUAAAGAGUUGAAUGUCUGUGCACUCAUAUCUUUUUCUUUCCCUUUUUUUGGGGUACCAUCCAUUGCUCUUGGAACAGUUGUAUA